UUGUGAAUACUAAAAUACGUUCGCGUAUGUGAAUUUGGCCAAAAAAAACCAGUGAUUAACUAAAAAUAUAAUUGAAUAACGUCAGCAUAAUACGUCUUAAAAAUCCUAAAGAGAUAAUAGCGAAUCGAAAUAGUUUAGUAGAUUUCUACUCCUAAUUUCUUUCAGUGAAUUUUUUCCCAAAACAUGUCCAGCUCAGAAGCAAUAACAAACACUAACGGGGAAUGCAAAUACAAUGAUUACAAUAGAUACGACACUGAUGUCCUAAAUACACAUGAACUACCAAAUGAUGAACACUUCAUGAAAUUACGGCUAAACUCAGAAGCAUCGAACGAUAAACCGACCCCACGGCUAUGUCCGGAAGCAACAGUGUCAGACAACAUCGAGGUGCCGUCAAUGAAGCGUAACAUUAGCGAUGGCAACCUAUUGCCUAGUGAGAUAAAGGAGGCGCGUGUGCGUGUCAUCUAUACGGGUGGUACAAUUGGCAUGGUCCGGAAUGAGAAUAACUUUUUGGCGCCCAUUCCAAAUGCCUUGGUGAAGAUCUUACGUAAAUAUCCCAAUAUACACGACGAGAGCUAUGCGCAGGAACGUUUUGGCUCAACGGCAUCGAUGGCGCCGCUUGUAUUGCCAUUUGUACAGGGCGAGAAACGGCGCGUCAUCUAUCAAAUAACUGAGUAUAAUCCGCUCCUAGAUUCAAGCAAUAUGACUAUGCAGGACUGGGCGCGCAUUGCCAGGGAUAUUCAUCAAACUUAUGAGUUCUUUGAUGGUUUCGUCAUACUCCAUGGCACCGAUACACUUUCCUACACAGCCUCUGCUCUCUCAUUUAUGUUGGAGAAUCUUGGUAAGACUGUUAUUAUUACAGGCUCACAGAUACCUAUAUUUGAGACACGUACCGAUGGCAAAGACAACUUCACCUCCGCCCUAAUAAUCGCCGGCAAUUAUGUAAUUCCGGAAGUUUGCGUAUUUUUUGGUAAUAAGUUGAUGCGUGGCAAUCGUACAGUGAAGAUUAGCACAGAUUGUUUGGAGGCAUUUGACACGCCAAAUGCCGCGUAUCUGGGACGUAUUGGCUUGAAUGUGGAAAUUGAUUAUCGGCUCAUUUUUCGGCCAUGCAGCAUUUCGCGCUUUUCGGUGCAAACGAAUUUGGACGAGAAUGUGGGUAUCUUGCGUAUUUUUCCAAGUAUUUCGAGGCUGUCAAUACGCGCAUUCCUCGCGCCACCUAUGAAGGGUAUUGUGCUGCAAUCAUUCGGUUCAGGCAAUGUGCCAUCGAAUCGGAAAGAUUUUCUCGAGGAACUGAAGGUGGCAUGUGAUCGAGGUGUAAUCAUUGUAAAUUGCACGCAGUGUUCCAAUGGCGGUGUGGCGGCGCUAUAUGAUACUGGAAAGGUUUUGUGGGACAUUGGCGUAUUGCCCGGCUUUGAUAUGACACCUGAAGCGGCACUAACGAAGCUCUGCUAUGUGUUGGGUAAAACUGAGAUGUCUUUGGAGCAAAAGAAGGAGCUAAUGCAAACCAGUCUGAGAGGCGAACUCACCACCACAGUUGGUGCUAAAAUGGAGGAAUUCGAUUUGGUAGAUGCUGUUGCGCGCUCUAUGCAUUUAUCUACCCCAGAAGAGCUGGGUCAGAUGUGUGCUACACUAUUUCCAGCUAUGUUGAAUACGGCGGUGCAGGAAGGCGACAUAAAUAAGAUUAUCAACCUAAAAGCGUACGGUGCCGAUUUGUCCUGUGUGAAUCAUGAUCAUCGCACUGCCCUCCAUCUCGCCUGUAGUAUGGGUAAUUUUGCUAUCGUAAAUCACUUACUCAUGAACGGCGUAUCUGUGCACAUACGUGAUCACUACGACCGCACUCCCCUACAGGAGGCAAUUUCCGGCGAUCAUCACGAUAUUAUACAGAUACUUAUUAAUUGUGGCGCACAUCUGACGGGCUCAUCACGGGCCAUCGGUGAGCAGUUAUGUACAGCUGCCGCGCGAGGCGCCCUACUACGUCUGCAGUCAUACCAACUGGCUGGUGCUGAUUUGGCGCAACCGGAUCCCUCCGGACGCACAGCGCUACAUCUAGCCGCCUUACAUGGACACGAGCAAGUGGUGCGAUUUCUGUUGGAUAUUGUUGAUAAUCCAAAGGUAAAGGAUAUGUUAGAUCUUACACCGUUGGAUUAUGCGCUCAAAGGAGGUCAACAAGAGAUAGUCAGAUUGUUAGGCGGCAGGCCGCCAAUGUUGGAAAUGACCAAAGAAAAACAAUAAACGAUUUUCUGGCAUUUUUUAAUUAGAAAAUACCGGUAAACCAAUUGUAUAGAUAUUUUUUAACAAAAAGUGAAUGUUCCUUAAAAAAUGUUAACUAAAAUUAGUAAACUAAGCUGCAUCUAUAGGCAAAACAUUGUAAAUAGAUUUUAUACAAAAACAAAUACUAAAUAUUAUAUUAUAUAAAGUAAUGUAAAAAAUGGUAUGAGCUUCAUAUUAAAAAAUUCAGCGAGAUACAUUUAUUGUGUAUGAAAAUUAUGUAUAUUCUUUUAAAAGCUUGGUGGAUUUAAUUCGUAGUAUUAAAAUCAAUGCACAGCAAGGAAUCAGUAUAUUGUAAUCCUUUUGUUAUAUAAUCUCAUUAAUGUAUGUACAUAUGUCUGUACAUCCUUAAAUUGCAUAUACUUUAUUUUCUAAUAUGUAUGGUACUUCUUAUAUUCGUUAAUAAAUUAUUAAUUCUUGUUAAGUCACUCAAUCAAAUGUACAUUUUUUGAUAUGUGUACCAACGCAGAAUGCCGCCUUUGUGGACAAAAAUCAAAAGAUUUUUUGUCUGCAAUGGGAACAAAGCUUGCUAUUUUUGUAAAGGCAAUUUACCAGCUAAAAAGACUUAAACCUAAAAGUCCUUAUAAAAUAAAUUAAUUGUCGCCAGGAUGCCACUAAAGUUGACAAAUGUAAUAUUAAGAAUUUUGUUUUUAUUUCUUAAAUCAAAAUUUUUUUUUUAUAAAUUUCCAAAA